UUGUGUAAAACCCCAGCUCCUGUACCAUGUACCAGUCUGGCUUUGUGCCACGGGAGUAUUACCCAGCUGUGACCCCACCUUCUGCCUUCGCCUACCCACCACUGCGGACUGGGAGAGCAGAAGACAUGACCAGCCCUGUGAUGUUCCCUCCCGUCCACAUGCACAGCUUCUACAGCCAACCCAUCACCUUUGUGGUGGACCGGAACAGCCACCCUGACUAUGAGGGAGGUCAGGUGGAGUAUCACCAUCUCUAUGGUGCCUCCCGUCCCUACUUCCAUCCCUACUACGCCUGGCACUUCCCUCCCAUGGUCCCUAUCCCUCUCUACCAUCCCUAUGCAAACUACAAUCCCUAUGCUGCCUACCAGAGGUCAGAUCAGUAUCGUGAUACAUGGCCAGAAGGCUUCACAAUGAGAGGAGAACUUCAAUGGGGGAAGCUUGGAAAGGUGUUUGGACCAAGGAAAGAUCUCCCAGCAUUUGUGAAGGAUGAUCUCCGAAGGGUUUAUGGCACCUACCCACGUACCAGUGUCUCCAUAACCUACAGGAAAGGGGAGUUCUUGGUGAAGGGGGACCCCAAGGUAGGAGAGCAGGAAUAUACAGUGGAAAAGAAAGUUAUCCAGCAGGCUGUGACCCCCAGUGCCAGUGAGGCAGAUGACAGCAGUGAGGACCGGAACAGUAAGAAGAAAAAGAAACAGAGACAUUGAUGUAGUCCAUCACCCAAUGCCUCAGGGCCCUUUUGGAAACCAGUUGGCAGCUGUUCUUGGUGCAGCUGGCAAGUAGCACAAGCAAUGAAUGCCAUCACCUCUGUUGGCUUUUAACUGCUCCCCAUCCUUCACAAGCUUAUGGCAACUUUACACUUCGCACAGUGCCUGCCCUG